UGGUGGGGACGUAAUUAACUUAUCGAGUUUUUAAAAAGAAGCAUAAUCAAAUAAUGAUAUAAACUUCCAGGAUGCUCUAGAGCUCCUACACACUAUUUCCAUUUAACAUUUCAUUCGUACAAUCUACUUUGCUCAUCAGUUCUGAAGGUGACCCUGGGCACAAUAAGUCAGAGCGUAUUUCCGGAUUCAACAACGUCUCUUUAGACGCAACCAUUUCUGGAAAUUUAGGAUCAAAUUGGUUUCGCAGCAGACACCACCAAAAGCUACUAGUCCAAAUCCAGGAAUCCUCAUUUUCGCGAAAUUAUCCAACAUAUAUGAAGAGACUGCCUUCUAUGUCAUUCAUUGACAUGAUUCUUGAAUAUGACAUUGGAAAUUUCACAAAAUGGCGACACCCACCUGAUUGACAGUAUGCAUUUGAGUGGUCUGCUCAAACCAUAAUAUGAGUUCUUACACAGGUAAAACGGUAAGUGGUUUACAUUGAAGUUGAUCUUUAUUUAUUUACAGGGUGUCCCAGGAUUAGCGUCCCGGUAAAAAUUUCAUUACCUCAGGUUGAAUUAGGUCCUGGGAAUUAGUUUCAGAGUUAGUUUCAGUGAGCCAAAAGGGCAAAAGUUUGAGCCAGUGAGCCAUAAAUCUGAGCCAUUAAUCCAAAAAUAUGAACCGAAUUGUACCCUGAGUCUCAGGUCACAAGUCAAGAGUAUAUUAUACUCACCAGAUUGCACUGGCUUACUUUUAUGAAUGACCCCUAUGAUUCCCAUUAAUCGUUAAAUUCUACACUGGACUAUCUACUCAACGUCAGCUCAACGUCAGCUCACGCUCAUCAUAUUUAAUUUCUCAAUCAUAAAACUUAUUGCUAUGUACUAUACAAAUAUUUUCAUCAAAAAAAUCUUUGGGACACUACUUCUGGGACAAACUGUAUGAGGAAUCUCUCUUGUCAACAAAGGAACCAUAAUCUUCAGACCCAUCGUUGAUCAACGAUGACAGUUCUAGCUCUGAACACGAAAUCAGAGGAAAAGGUUGAAAAUGCAUCGAGUAAGAAAGAAUCGAUUGGAGUCGUCAUAGAAAAUGAAGUAGCAGAGAAAGAUCACCAUGAGAAAUUUACGGAGGAAGAUCAAGAAAAGGUAACAAUUGGACAGAAGACGAUAGAGGAGGUUGUUAAUGAGAUAGCUGGAAAGCCAACAAUAUGGUCGAUAUUAUUCGUUAUUGUGGCAAUGUCUUACGGGUUUAGCGUGGAUUCACUUACUUAUCUCACUGUUUUUGCAGGAACACUCUCAUACGAAAAAUGGGAAUGUGUUUCUACACUGUGCACUAAACUCUUGAACAACUCCACUGAUAAAACAGACUUUUACACAAGGAAUACGCUAUGUAACUCUAACUUGAAGUUAAACGAGGACUUUAUUUUUACAAAUGAUGGCAGGACCUCUUUGGCUGUAGAUUGGGGAUUGUUCUGUGACGGUGAACCUAAAAUGUCAUUUCUUUCAUCCUCCAUUUUUGCAGGAGCAUACGUAGGAUUUCUGGUAGCUUCACCUCUUUUUGACACACUGGGACGGAAAAAGGUGACAAUUGGAGCGGCGAUUCUAACUUUAAUCACAACCAUAGCUGCCGGAUUCAGCCAAAACUACUAUUUAAUGGUGGUGUUACGAUUCCUCUGUGGAGUAGGCAAGAACGCCUGCUGGAUGGGGAUCUACUGCUGGAUAUUGGAGUUCACCCCAGCACGCAUGCGGAUCUUCAUGACCAUACUUGCUUACACCUCCCAUGGAACAGGCUUUCUGCUGGUUGAUAUGAUAGGCUACUACGUCAAAGACUGGAGGCACAUCUUCUUUAUCAUCAGUACAGUCACAUUUCUUGGGACUGUCCCAAUGUUCUUUGUACCCGAAUCCCCGAGAUUUUUCCUUUCCAAGAAUAAGCUAAGUAAAGCUAAAGCUAGUUUGGAAAGAUUCUCCAGGUACAUAGGGAGCCCUAAAUCUAUGGCAGAAGUAAAUUUGGUCUUCACUCCACACAAACAGAACUGGUUGAAGCAGAUCAAGGAUUUCUAUGUAUACCCAAAGUUGGGUAUACAAACCAUGCUCCUUGCCAUUGUCUGGAUGUUAACUUGCGCACUGAGUUACACUUUUAACUUCGGCUGGUCCAAAAUUAGCAAGGAUUUCUACAUGGGAUACGCGUUUGCUGCAGUUGGAACGAUCCUAUCCUACUACCUGAUCAUACCAGUCAAUAUUCUCCUCGGGAAAAAGCGUGGAAUGAUCUGCUUCCUUGUGAUAAGCGGCUUCUCGUACUGUAUUGCAAUGAUCGACUACAACAUUUCCCUAGACUUCACCAUUGAGCAUCUUGCAAGCCUUGUGGGGUUCAUGACCAUUACAAGCACUUACGCCAUGACAAACCAGUACACAGGAGAGUUGACCCCAACAUCCCAUAGGGGUAUGGUAUUCUGUAUUUGCGGGAGUUUUGGGAGAAUCGGCAGCUUUCUUGGUCCCUACAUCCAGCUUCUCUUUACCAUCUUGGAUAAACGGAUAACCUUUGGUAUCUUUACAGUGGUCACAAUUAUUUGUGGGAUCAUCAUAACCUUCACGAGGGACCCAACAGGGAAAGAUAUGCCGGAAACACCAGCAGAAUUGGGCAAAGUUAAGUGAACAAUUAAAUAAAUAUUUAUAUUUAUAAGGAUAAUUGGACAACACUGUAGAAAGGGAACAAAUAAUUCUUUCAUCACAUGACACUGUGACAUUUGGAGAUAAGGAUUUAAAGCAUGUAAAUAAGUUAAAUUAUUC